AUGCUCGAUCUAUAUAGCGCAACCAACAAAGAUGACCUUCUUGAUUCAUAUUCAGAUCCUACUGUUCAACUACAACCUUGCGAUAAGCUUACUGUCGAAUUACUUGAAUUACUAGAUAGGUAUCACCAAACAUACAAGGCAAUGACAGAAAACAUGAGAGAGGCGUAUUCAGAUAUUGAGCGUGGAAACUUUGUUGGCCUUUCAUUUUCACACUUUGGAAGUGAUAUGUGGGAUUAUAGACCAUCUGCUGCCAGCUUAACUAUAAAACUUCAGAAUAAUGCUCCUACUUUGGAGAAAAGAGGGAUAACCAAAACAAAAAAGAAAGCUGAUAAUACAAAGUUAGAGAGUACUGAUUUGAAAUCGGAAAAUGAGGAAAAAACAUCAGAUCAAGUGGGGAAGGCAACAGAUUUCGAACAGACAUCGACAAAUACUCAUAAUAGAUAUAAUAAGAAUACGUGUUUCACAGAGUUAACAAUUUCAGAAGAUGACCCACUCCCAGUUAGGGAACCAUUGAAGAUGUUUAACGGCGGAAUAGUUCCAACAGCAAUCAGAAGAGCACAAAAAGAUAUGAGGACUGCGAUGAAUUAUGUACCACAAGUAAGCAUACUCAAGACACAGAUAGAAAAAUUGUUAGAUGAACUAGAAAAGAACAAGAACACAAAAGAGUGA